AUGUGCCAAAAGGUGGAAGAUCUGUUGGAGGCUGGUGAUAAGUGGAAUUUAUCGAUCAAGUUUCUGGGCAUGGAUACGGUAGGAUAUCUGGGGCAUCAAGUGUCGAUCGGAGGGCUAGUGGGGGAGCCCAAAAGAACUGAAAUCUCUGACCAAUCUGCCAUUACCCGGAUCAUUUCGAUCUAUGCAGUCGUUCCUAGCCGAUUUAUUGAAUACUACGCCUCGGUGCUAUAUGAGCUACGCGAGAUGGAGGCGCAUAAAGCCUUCACCACCGUGAAAGUCAAGAUCGCGACGAUGUUGUUGCUUCUGGGCGAGUCCAUACAGUUGUUCCUCAGCUGCGAGACACUCCCCGAUGUAGGGUGCGUCGUCAUGCCCCUUGGUGCGCAUCAAAUUGGUCUCGACGCGGUCGUCCACCAGAUCUGA